CUCUUUGUUUUUAUUUUGCUUCCUGUAAAUCCAGAGAUAUUUUGAAAUACAUUUACCAUGUUUACCAGAUGACACACAAGACGUAGUUAUGUUACAAAACCUAGAAUAACAACUAAGUUGAUUCCAUACUGAUAAAAAUGAAGAUGCAUCAACACCAGAUAAUUUUAAUAUUUUUUCUAAUCAAUUUUACAAGAGUUAUAAGUGUAACUCACUACUGUCAAAAUGGUAACACACAGACAAUAAGUGGUGAGACUAGUGGCACUAUCAGAACAGUCCUUACUGGUGAAAAUAGCUAUGACAACAACUUGAACUGUGGUUGGGUAAUUGAUGGAGGCUUGGGAAAACUGAUCCAACUGUCCAUCACACAUGUUAAUCUACAAUUAGCACCGUCCUACUCGUCAUGUGGGACAUACGAUCAUCUCUCUAUUAUGGAUGGUGAUGCAACAGUAACUGAAGCAAUUACAUCAAUAUGUGGAGAAAGAAAUCCAUAUGAAGUGCUCAGCUCAGGACGAUACCUCUAUCUCAAAUUUUACUCAAACGACAAAAACUUCUAUGAUCACAGUGGAAUCACAGUUAACUUCCAAAUUUUCAAUGAAAAUGAGUGUCCACCUGAUUGGACAAACCUGGACACUACUGAUCAGUGUUAUAGAAUAAGACAGUCUCCUGUAGCAGGAGUUGAUUGGAAUUCUGCUUACGAUAACUGUAUGUUUAGCCAGGCCAACUUAGCUAUUAUAAGUCAUCAUGAGGUCUUUGAUAAUUUAAGAGCUCAUGCACAAAAUGUGUCUGUGGCAUCUGCAUGGAUUGGACUUACUGAUAUUGAAACAGAAGGAAAAUUUAAAUGGUUAAACAACAGUUAUUUGACUGAUUGGAUUAGAACUGAGGGUAACAAUGAUGACAGCGACUGUGCAAUAUUUAAUUUUCAUACUCAAAAGUUCCAAUUUAAAGAAUGUGAAAGAGACAAACACUUAGCAGUUUGUCAGAGAAAUAAAGUUAACAAAACAACUAUAUUUUCAAUACCAGUAGAGAAGGAAAAAGAAAAUACAGAAGCUAUAUCCCUACGCUGGCAGAUUAUUCUGGGAAUAUCAGGAGGUGUAAUCAUUGUAAUUAUUUGUUUUGCAUUGUACUGCAAAUUUCACAGAACAAAACCCACUUCCCCUGGAUCAGAGAAUAAUGCAAGUCGUAGCUCACGAUACCAGCCCCAGGAACCAUCAUAUACUCAUCAAAGUUAUCCAGACAGAACACCAAGAAGAGAAACAAACAAUCCUCAGUACAACAACCUGAACCAGACAACUGAUUCUCCGCCUCCAUAUGCAGAUAUUCCAUUCAACAACACAAACAGUAGACCAGCUGUUCACAUUAAUCCUCAAAUUAACCUUAAUGUGACAGUUAACUCUAAUGGUGAUCAGCCACCGUCUUACACAUUUAGUGCUCCUACUGUAUAAAAGAGUAUCCCUUGUCAAGACCUUUUGUUGCAGAGAUUUGUGAUAGUAAAUCAAAUGCAUGUACAACGUGUACUUUUAAUGCUCCUUUUUAAAAUCAAAACCUAGGCGUUAGUAACUUAUUAUUAUGCACAAGACUAUGAACCAACUUAUAUUUGUUAGCAAUUUAUUUUUGUGACUGUUGCAAUUAGAAUAUAAACACAAAUGUAAAUAGUGGCUCAAAUAUAUUUCAAGAUUGGAUCUUUUCUUUAAUAUAGGAAAACACGAACAAAUUUAGAAAAUCGAGAAUAUAAAAAAUUCUCUCAACAUGAAAAAAAGUAUCUGCCAAAAUAUUAUUUGGUUUACAGUAUAUUCUAUUUUGAUGUUUGUGUUAUUUUUAUAUGGCUUCAUAAUAUAAUUGUAAUGUUGUAACCUGUCUUUCAUCAUGUUUUGUUUUAUUUUGUAUACAGUAGAAAACAUUCAUGUACUAACCAAUUUUCUUGUAACUGUUCAGUCUAUUGAAUAUUAUUUACAAGCUGUUCAAAGACAAUUGUCAAGUGUUGUAAUUAGUAAAAACAAAUUAGAACUUACCCUUGAAUUUACUUGUUCCACCACAGCAUUUCUUAUUCAACCCCCUAGAAAUUUAUAACAGAUCUUGUUAAAACUAAAGUAGCAUUGGCAUCUGGUAAGAAAAUUGGUUUAAAAUGUAUUUACUACUAGUAUACAUUUUUUAUGUCAAAAUUCACAUUUUUAUUUCACAUUUUGUCUGCUUUAUGUUUCCAUGAAGUUUUGAUAUAUCCCAUCACUUACUUGCCAGGGUAUAUAGACUUACUUUUAUCAGGUUGUCAAUUUUGUCAUUUCUAAAUUUAAGUUGUCCAGAUUUGUUUUUGUUAUGCCUGUAUAUGUUGAGCUUAUUUGUUAUUUAUUAAUGUAUACUGUUGAGUUACAUAUCAUGUUCAAGUUUGUUAGGGACAACCUACUUUUCUAGGAUCCUUAAGCCCCUAAACACAUAGAAAACUUAAUGAAAAUUGUAAUUGUCCAGAAUUUUUUCAUAAUGCCUGUAAAUUUUUAGCCAAACUUGAUUUAUAAGUGUGAAAUGCUGAGGUACAGAUUGGGUACAGGUUUGGUUUUGUUCAAGAUUGACUACUUUUCAUAGAAUUAAGACCCAUAUGAAAUAUGAUGAACAUUGUAAGGAUCAGCAAGAUAAUGUCUACAAAUGGGUCAACAUGAGUGAAAAGUUAUACAACUGCUUAUAGGAGCCUUUGUCCUUAAAUGACUAUAUUAACUCAUUCUUUUCUCCCUUUUUAACUAUUAUCUUUCAAAGUAUAGUGGAUCGAGAGAAAAGUAACAGUAAAUAUGACUUGCAAGAGAAGGUCUACAAACUUCAAACAUUUAAAAAUGAUUAAGUAUUUAUUACUCAUUUUAGGUUAUUUGGCUUUUAUCUUGAAAACCCUCUACAUAGACAUGUAAAAUAAAUGAAAUUUGGUCUUUACAUUGAUGAGUGAUUUAGGUUCAAUGAAAUCUCUACUUUAUUUUGCAUGUUAUCAUUGAUUGUAUGAUAAUUAUGUAACAGAGAAGCUUCUUUUGGUGUAUUUUUAUUAUAAUUGUUAUAUGAUUGUGUUGUUUUGUUGAUAUAUAACUGUACUUACAUUUCUUUCAUGUGAUAUAGUUUGGUGAUAAUAAAAGGCAUUAUCGUCAUUUUGAAAUCUUUAAAAAUAAGAUAUCUAUUUGAUUUUACAUUAUAUAUUUUUUUUAUACAAAUUUUUACCACAGAGUACAUAAUAAAAGGUCAUUCAAACUCAAUUAUUUAAUUUUAUGUUUUUCUUAAAUAUUUAUAUUUUAAUAUGAAUAAAAGAGAAAGGAAAGUCUAUGUAAUAUUGAAAUAGAAAAUCAUUGAAAAGCAAAGAUAAUUAUUAUGGCUGAAUUGUAUGAGUAUGUCAAUGGAUCAAGGAAUUAAUAUUUUCCUCUUUUGUUUGGUGAACCAUGCAUUCUUUAUUUGCUUUGGUUAAUGUAGAAACAAUCAAUUGUCAAACUGGCAUAUUUUGUUACCUGUUCUUCAUAUAUAUAUAAAGAACAGGAAAUAAAUUGCCCGACAGUGAAAAUUGUAACUCGUAACAAGGGAGGUGAACAAAGGUCAUAUUAAUUUCAUGGUCUAUUUUUAAAAUUCUAAAUCCAUUGAUUCUUGUAAAAUAGUUUAGCUAUGCUGAUAUGUUUUCUUUUAUAAAUCAUGAACUGUUUCUCAUAUUCAUUUAAACUAUUAUAUAUUUUUUAAAGAUACUUGUAAUAAAAUUUGUUUGAAAGUUC